UCCAUCCUUUAAGCCUCAGUUACUUUUUGACGUCUAAUUCAUCGUUUGUUCCGCUACACCAGUUUCUGCUUCCCUUUUUUUUCCUUUGACUGUUCACGAUUAAAUGCGAAUGGCAACAAUCUUAAUCUUUUUCAUUUUAAAAUAAGUUAUCAACCUAACAAUUUGUGGCAUCGCCUCACGCUAACUCGUGUAUUUUAUGUACGGUUGUAUUUUCAAUAUGGGCUUUUGGAUAUCAGACUUCAAAAAGGUAGUAACCCAUUGGAUAAAUUUUCGACUGCAGUUGCAUUUAUUACUUUUAUAUUUGUGCUUAAACGAUGGUGCGCUUGUUGCUGCUGAAGGUCGUCGACCAGUGUAUAUUAUCGCUCAUAUGGUUAACUCUAUAUAUGAAUUAGAUGAUUUCUUAGCAAGAGGAGCGAAUGCUAUCGAAAUAGAUCUCACUUUCUAUAGCAACGGAACUGUGAAGAAUGUGUAUCAUGGAUAUCCUUGCGAUUGUUACAGGGUAUGUGACGAACGAGAAAACUUUGCCAGAUAUUUAAACCAUAUCCGAGACAUAUCUAAUCCAGUCAAUACUCAUUUUCGUGAAAGUCUCACUUUCUUAUUUUUGGAUCUAAAAUUGGGUGAUGUUGCCCGUAAAGAUAAAUAUAAAGCUGGAGAAGAAAUUGCUAAAUAUUUAAUCACUCAUCUUUGGAACAAAGAUUUGACUGAUCCUGAUAUCGAAGUCCUCCUUUCUAUUCCUCAUGUAUCAGACGGUGAGACUAUAAGAGGUGUUAGAGACACUUUCACGAAGUCCAACAGAGCAACAACGAUGCAAAAAUUAGGUUUUGAUGUCAGCUUAAAUGAUGAUUUGAACUCCAUAAAAAAAAUGUAUUCAAGAUUAGGAGUGACGUCCAACCGUUGGCAAGGAGAUGGCAUUACCAACUGUUUGAGACUUUUCAGAGAUGACAGUAGGCUACGCCAUGCAAUUCGAAUCAGAGAUUCAAGCGCUGGAUUUUUAGAGAAGGUUUAUGAUUGGACAGUGGACACAACUUCAGUAAUAAGAAGGUCUUUGAGAGCAGGAGUUGAUGGACUUAUUACAAAUUUCCCUGAACGAGUUGUCUCUGUUUUACAAGAACCAGAAUUUAGGGAUAAGUAUCGCCUUGCAACUUCUGAUGAUAAUCCUUUUUCAAAAGUACACACUCCACCUUUCAAAACUAGUGUUCAAUCGCAAAGUGAAAAUUUAUAUGUGUCUUCAGUACGAGAAAUAACUGUGGCCCUUAUGGGAUACAUAUGGGAUUUUUAUAAACUACGUCUCAAAAGGCCUGCGACAUUAUUUCCUCUUUUACAAGAGCUUCUAAGCAGAGCACAGCCACUCUUGCGACGGUAUAGUAACAUAAGGAAGCUUUCAAAGAACGGUGUUACAAGAUAAAUAUAAGUUUGCGUUCUGUUUGAAAGAAAUGAACAAUCAAGCCAUCAAAUACGAAUUUAUUUAUUUGUACUUUUAAAAAAAAUGAAAACAGUUGCUGGUGCAGUUUUAAAAUGCUGAACAGUUUACUGCAAAUUUAUUUAUUGUUAAAUUUAAAGCGCCAGUUUCAUUUAAGUAGAAGAAUGUGUGUGUGGUUAAUAUAUAUAUAUAUAAUUCUUAAAAAUAACACGUAAACGAACAUGGGUCGUGUUUCUGUGUAAAAAGACUUUCAGCUAUAUUUUAAUUUGAAUAUUAGUAUACGAUUUUUUAAAUCUGUUUUAUACUUUUAACCGAAAGAGAAUAAAGGUCUUGAGUCGGGGUGAAAGUAGCGCUGUCGACCGAGUAGCAAGAAGGAUGAAAACUCUAGCCUGAGAAAGAAUUUCGAUCUUGUAUAGUUUAGAAGGAAUAUUCAAACCUCAGCGUUUUAAUUCCGUGAGAUAAUUAAGAGUCCGUGCAACUUCGAAAUUAAAGUUACAGUGAAGACGGAGUAUCCAGCGUUUAGGAAACCAUUUUAAGA